GCGGCGGCGCCCGGCAUGGCCGGCUCCAAAACAGCGCGGCGUGGGUGCAGCGGUGCCAUCCGGUGCCGUCCGGUUGUAGGGCUGCGGCAGUACCGAGCCGGCCGCUCCCGAGCAGCACCGGGCAUGGACGCUGCAGGCCUCACCCUCAAGCUGCUUCUGAUCGGGGACAGCGCCGUGGGGAAGUCCAGCCUCCUGCUGCGGUUCGCGGACGGCACGUUUGAGCCGAGCCUGAAACCCACCAUCGGUGUUGAUUUUAGAGUGAAGAAAAUGGUGAUAGACGGCCGUGCAGUGCAGCUUGCCAUAUGGGACACAGCAGGACAGGAGCGCUUUAGAACACUGACUCCCAGUUAUUACCGAGGAGCUCAAGGGGUUGUUUUAGUGUAUGAUGUUACAAGAAAAGACACAUUCACAGGACUAGAUGGCUGGCUGAAUGAGCUGGAAGUAUAUACCUCCAAAAACAGCACCGUGAAGAUGUUAGUUGGCAAUAAAACCGAUAAGCCUGAUCGUGAAGUAGAGAGACGAGAAGGACUCCAGUUUGCUAGGAAACGCUCACUGCUUUUUAUAGAGACCAGUGCCAAGACACAGGAUGGGGUGCAACAUGCCUUUGAGGAACUGGCCAUAAAGAUCCUGCAGACCCCAGGUGUUUGCGAUAGUAACACAGAGAAGCAGCGAAUGCAGCUGACAGGAUCACAGCAGGAUAAAAGCUUUUGUGCUGCGUACUGUCCACUUGCUUAACUUCACAGGUGGCUAUUGUGCCUGAAUGGAUUUUGUUGUUAAAGCAGGGUGGGAGCAGUGGUUCCAAGCACAAGUUUGUGCCUUGUUUGACCUGUCACCAGCUGAGUGGAUCCAAACCCCAAACUGAUGAGCAAAGUACUUUUUGUUCAUCAACAUUGUUUCUCUUUCCUUUCUUCACAACUGAGAUCUCCAGGUAUCCUUCUUACCUCACUUCUCUUAAUGCAGAUUUCUAUUACUUGACUAUGUUAGAUCAUAAAGCAUACAAAUUAACUUCUUUACUGCUAGUCAUUUGGAAUAUUCUAAGAUGGUAGGAGCAACCUUGCUAUUAGUGAAUUCUGACCCCUAGACAGUAUCUUACCUGGUGUUCUUGAAAUUAAAUCUGUAUCCUCUAAACAACAUGUUUUUCUUGCAGACUGUAAAAAAAUGCUUGUAAUCUGCAAUACAGAUGUACAGUGAGAUCAAUCUGUCCAUUUCAUAGUUUCAUCAGACCCCUUCGUUUGAAAUGCUGCUAUUUAAAUAUUACCCUCAGUUUUUCACAAGAUAAAGGUACGUUUGUCAUAUAACGUACUUGACAGCGUGUCUCUUGUCAGCCACACUACAGGGCUGGAGAGAGUGAAUAGCAGAAUUGAUGGUCCACCCCCAUGUGAAGGAGUUCUUAUACAUUUGCUGAGGCUACUAGUCUGACACCAGAUGUGUGCUGUCAAGCCAGAGCAAGUGUCUGAUUGUGAGAAGUGCUUGUUCUUGUAGCAAUGGCAACCUCAAUGCUUAUAGGCAGGCAAUGCAUCAAAGGUGCCAGGGUAUGCAUUUGGAGAAGAUGGAUACCGAUGACUGUUCUACACAACUGCUUGGGCUAGGAUUAACGUAGAUUCAGCAAGACUGGUAUGUAAGAAAAGUGCUUUUAAUAUGCAACAUUGUUAGUUUUGCUAAAUGCAGUGGAAGAAGAAGAACAGCAUACUGUUAAGAUACAAGGAAUGAGACUGGUGCAUCAAAAGGUUUUGUUAAGGGGCAUGGUACAUAGGAAAGGUUAGACCUCAGCAGGCAGUGGAAAACAGGAACUAGUUUCAACUAACACAUACCUGUACAAUAUUCAAUUUUCAAAUAAAGCCUGGGUGCUUCCAGAAUCA